AUGCCCUGCAGUUCGCCCGGAGGCCACCGAGCAACAUGGCCUCCCUCACGGAGCGCUGGACAGCGGCGAGGAUCUGACUGGGGGGGGCUGGUCGACGGGCUUGAACAGCGCGACCGGGACCCAAACAAGACCAGAGAGCAGUCUCAGUCCCAGAGGCGCUCUGCUGUUCUCGCGGAUCGCUGCUCUCCAGACCCGCUCUCUUCCAGCGAGACCCCGCGGUCCGAAGUGGAUCUGCGGAGGCUCUGCAAUGCCCCCAGCACCUUCCAGAGGCUGAUGGAGCUCAUCUGUGAGGAGGGGGAGGAAGGGGAGGAAGGGGAGCCUUCUCUGUGCAGAUCCGCCCUCUCUACUGCAGGGCGUCCCGGUGGGCUUCAUAAGCGCUCCUCCUCUUAUUUGCCCCUCUUUGCCCUCACGGCUCUGCAGCUGGCCGUUUGCCUCUGCUCUGCGCAUCCAGUGACCACUGCUUACAAACCCCGAUCUUUCCCCAGCUCCUCUGUGUCUGCACUCUCAUGUAGUAGACUCUGCUCCUACAGCAUGCCUUCGACUGCAGCAAUAGCCAAGGAGCUGCACAAUCCCAUGCGCUGUGGCGUGUACCUACAAAGGUAA